AUGUUUUUGCUUAUUAUAGCUAUUGCAAUAGCCCUUGUUGUGCUCAUUUUGCUACUACCUUCUUUGUCAGGAUUAACCAAGGUGAGUGUCCAAACCCAUCCUCGUCAUAAAAAGGACUCGAAACCCAUCAACGAAAAACAAACUGAGGCCCAGAACAAUUAUCAAUACGGAUACGUGCCUCCAGAUGAACUCACACACUCCUCAAAUGAUUUAGACGAUGAAGGAUUUUUAAAAACGGAGGCUCGUGCGUUGAAAGAGAAACUUCAAGUACAUUCAGAUGAUAUACCAAUCAAGAUCAGGUUAAAGAAUUUUGCUGGCGAUGACACCGGGUUAAGAAGAAGAAAAGCUGAGAAGUUAGAUUUAAACACUGAUCCGGAUAGUUAUGACUAUGAUCUUGACGAACUUAUUGCUGAAGAAACCGAAUCGGCAAGGCAAAAUGUUCAAAAGGAGUUUUACAAGGGACAAAAAAUCGGAGGAGAGAAGGAGGAAAUGGUUUGA